AUGGUUUUGGCUCAAGAUCUUCUCAACCCUACUCCUCAAGCUGAGGCUAGAAAGCACAAGCUUAAGACUCUUGUCCCUGCUCCCAGAUCCUUCUUCAUGGAUGUUAAGUGCCCUGGAUGCCUCUCCAUCACCACUGUCUUCUCUCACGCCCAGACUGUCGUUACCUGCGGCUCUUGCUCUAACGUCCUUUGCCAACCCACUGGUGGCAAGGCUAAGCUCACUGAGGGCUGCUCUUUCCGACGAAAGUAA